AUGGCGUCCAAUGAUGUCGGGACUCCCAGCGGAACAGCUUCUGGCAACCCUGAAUCGAUUGCUCCCGAGAUGAGCUCCAAAACAACGGAUGCGGACCGUUUUCUGAGAAGCGUUGGAAAUAACGAUGCCGAGCUUGUGGUUAAUAUACAACAUGGGACACUACCAAAAUUUCCUGGGAGCCCAACGGAGGCUGCUAAAGGAGUCAAAUCCGGGGCAGACCUCCUACGUCGUUUGAGCCUUGUUCGUUCUUCAAAACCCGCUGCGCCGUCAAUAGAACCCCAAGAGGGGCACCCGGGACUACAUUUGACGGGAAGAAUCAUCAGUGCUGCAUUUUGCAUCCCAUACAAGCUCAGAAUACGACCUGGCCGUGACUGGGAACUUAAGCACCGACCGGGAACCUCCGCCUUGUUUGAUUCGUUCUCUUACCUUGCCUCGUCAAAAACGUCAUGGAAUCAUAUCAUGGUGGGGUGGACGGGCGAAAUCGAGCAAAUCCACACCCCAGAGAGUGGGCAUGCGACUUCCCCGGGACAGUCGCUGCCCGCUGGUACUGUCCCUACCUCUCUGAAUAAAGCGUCCGCUCCUGUCCCAAUUGACCCCUCCGAAAAGCCCAGUUAUUCAUUUCAAGAUGGAAUAUGUGUCACACAACAGGAUCGCAUUCACCUUGAAGCCCAACUCCGCAACAGCAGAUUUGGAAGGGUGCUCCCAAUUUGGUUAACCGACGAACAAGAAUAUCCAGAUCAAAACCUAUAUCUCAAGGACCAGGGAAGAUGGAGGCGUUACCCUGAGAGAGAACUAUAUCCUGUUCUCCAUUAUAAACAACGCAGCUCGACUGAUGGCUGGUCUGAGCGGAAAUGGUGGGCAGACUACGUGAGACUCAACAAACUUUUCGCGGAUCGCAUUUUGGAGACCUACACCCCAGGCGAUAUAGUGUGGAUUCACGACUAUCAUUUGUUUCUUCUCCCAGGCAUUAUACGCCAAAUGGUUCCCAACAUCUACAUCGGCUUCUUCCUUCACGCACCCUUCCCGAGCAGCGAGUUCAUGAGAUGUCUUUCCAAAAGGAAAGAUAUUCUCACUGGCGUUCUUGGCGCAAAUAUGAUAGGUUUCCAGACAUUUUCAUAUUCCCGUCACUUUGCUUCUUGCUGCACGAGAAUCUUGGGGUUUGAUUCAAAUUAUGCGGGCAUUGAUGCGUAUGGAGCUCAUGUUGCCGUUGAUGUUUUUCCAAUCGGAAUUGACGUAGAUGCGGUGCGGAAGCUUGCCUAUGAAGAACCAGGUAUUGGUGAAAUUGUUAACAGCAUCAGAAAACAAUACCACGGAAAAAGAAUCAUUAUAGGAAGAGACCGGCUAGAUUCUGUACGCGGGGUGACGCAAAAGCUGAUGGCCUUUGAAACAUUUCUUGAGCGGUAUCCUCAGUGGCGCAACAAGGUUGUUCUGAUACAAGUAACAAACCCGACAAGUGUGGAAGAGGAGAAAGAGGAAUCCGAAGCAAAGAUUUCAAGUCAAAUGUCACAUCUCGUUUCCACUAUCAACGGGAGAUUCGGGUCACUGAGCUUCUCCCCUGUUCAACAUUAUUCCCGGUAUCUCGUCCCGCAGGAAUACUUUGCCCUUUUACGAGCUGCAGACAUUGGACUUAUCACCAGCGUUCGUGACGGCAUGAACACAACCAGCCUAGAAUACGUUGUGUGCCAGCACGAAAAUCACGGUCCAUUAAUCCUUUCUGAAUUCUCUGGUACAGCAGGCAGCUUAAGCAGUGCUAUCCACAUUAACCCUUGGGAUCUGGGAGGUGUUGCCGACGUCAUUAACCAAGCACUGUUGAUGACACCGGAGGAAAGAGAAGCGCAACACAGCCAACUCUAUAAAUACGUCACAACGCACACAAUCACCUCAUGGUCCGACAAAUACCUCAAACGCCUCCUAACCAAUCUUUCCUCAUUCGAUCAGUCUAUCGCCACCCCUGCCCUUGAUAAAAGUAGACUCCUCUCGCAAUAUCGAAAAUCUCGUGGACGUUUGUUUAUGUUUGACUACGAUGGCACCUUGACGCCUAUCGUCAAGGACCCCCAGGCUGCAAUCCCAUCGGAUCGUGUACUACGUACCAUCAAAACCCUUGCUGCCGACCCGAAGAAUUCUGUGUGGAUCAUUAGCGGUCGGGACCAGGCCUUCCUCGAUGAGUGGAUGGGCCAUAUCUCCGAACUUGGUUUGAGCGCUGAACAUGGGUGUUUCAUCCGCCAUCCUCGAAAUGACGAUUGGGAGAACCUGACUGAGAAAUCCAACAUGGGCUGGCAGAAGGAAGUUCUGGAAAUUUUUCAGCACUACACCGAGCGCACACAAGGCUCUUUCAUCGAGAGAAAGAGGGUCGCUUUAACUUGGCACUAUCGCCGAGCUGAUCCAGAAUACGGUACUUUUCAAGCUACAGAAUGCAGGAAACACCUUGAAAAUACUGUUUUGAAACGCUGGCCGGUCGAGGUCCUAUCAGGCAAAGCAAAUCUAGAGGUCCGGCCGACAUUUAUCAACAAGGGAUCCAUUGCCACUCGUCUAGUAGAAGAGUAUAAACAUGGUCUAGGCCAGGAUCCAGAUUUCGUUUUGUGUUUGGGUGACGAUUUUACUGAUGAAGAUAUGUUCCGCGCUCUCGCAAACAGUAGCCUUCCGCGAGAUCGUGUUUUCUCCGUCACUGUAGGUGCCAGCUCGAAGCAGACGCUUGCAAAUUGGCAUUUACUGGAACCAGCCGAUGUUAUCGCUACGAUUGCUUUGUUGAACAGCAAAACAAGCUCCUAG